AUGUGGUUGGCUGCUAAACGAUUAGCUGAACGUGAGCGUAUAUUGACAGCUGGAACAAAUGGAAAUGUUAAUGGUAUCAGCCUUGCCAAACCGCAUGGUCCAGCUAGUCUAAGUAAUCCGUCAAAUCGGAGUAAUCGUCAACAUCAUUGUCAUCAUCAUCGCCCCUCUGUUAUUUUACAAAAAAUACCAAUGAUGCAUACCAAUAAAUUUUAUGAAAAAAGUGAAGGAAAAGCACGUAAGACGCUUGGUAUGAUGAUGAGUGUUUUUGUGAUAUGUUGGUUACCAUUCUUUCUCUUGGCACUUUUGAAACCUCAAGGACUGUUGCCACCAACUUGGUUGGAUCAUCUGGCACUUUGGCUUGGUUAUUCAAACAGCCUAAUGAAUCCGUUGAUUUAUUGUAAACAUAAUCGUGAAUUUCGUAUACCUAUCCGCGAAAUGCUGUGCUGCCGUUUUCGUACUUUGCACUCUGUAAUGCGGAAAGAAAGUUUUACGAGUAAAUAUGGCCCUUCAAGGUAA